UCCAAUCCAAAAUUCUUGAGAAUUGAAUACUCUUUUCUCUCCAAUAGAAUAUGCUUGCAGGCAAUAGGCAUGCUUCCUCCUGCUUAACCAAAUUAGUUAAUUUCCGUCGGCCUAUUGCUUCACUGCCAAGCAAAUUUCUUCUUCAAUUCCCCUACAUAUAAAUCAACAACAAAUCCACAAUCUUCAACAUCUAAAAAAACGCGUUUACAUUUAUAUCAAAUAUCAAUCUUUACAAAACCUCAUUAUUCAUCUCUAACCCACAAAAAAAUCUCUUCUUUGAUCAAUUGAUUUUACUCAAAUUAGACCAAUUUUGAUCUUAAAUUCAUAAAAUCUCAAAAACCCAUAUACCCAAAUUCUCAAAGAUGGGACCUUUGAUGUUUUUCCUUCUGUAUUUGUUGCUUUUGUCCCCCUCAUUGUCUUCCCAAGAAUCAGUAAAUGUUCAUCAACUUCCAAGACCAUUGAUUUUAGAAUACCCAGAUGAAGGAACAGAACAAGAAGAAAUAAAUUUACAGUGUACAAGUUGGAGAUUUGGAGUUGAGGCAAAUAACUUGAAUCCAUGGAAAACUAUCCCACAAGAGUGUGGUGAUUAUGUCAAGAAUUAUAUGAUGGGCAAAGGUUAUCAAUUGGAUCUUGAGAGGGUUUCUUAUGAAUCUUCUGUUUUUGCUAAAAGUGUUCAUCUUGGUGAUGAUAGUAAUGAUGUUUGGGUUUUUGAUGUUGAUGAGACUUUGCUCUCUAAUCUUCCUUAUUAUGUUCAACAUGGUUAUGGGUUGGAGGUGUUUAAUAGUGUGGAGUUUGAUAAAUGGGUUGACAAGGGCAUGGCUCCAGCUAUUGAGCCCAGCUUAAGGCUCUAUGAGGAGGUAUUAAGUCUGGGAUUCAAGGUUUUCCUACUUACAGGGCGUAGCGAAAAGCGAAGGGAUGUUACUGCUCAGAAUUUGAUGAAUGCAGGUUUUAAGAACUGGGAUAAGCUUAUUUUGAGGGACACAGAAGACCAUGGAAAGUUAGCGAUGAUAUUCAAAUCAGAGAAGAGGAUUGAAAUGGUGAAGGAAGGAUUCAGGAUUCUGGGAAACUCUGGAGAUCAGUGGAGUGAUUUGUUGGGUUCUGCAAUGUCUACUCGUUCUUUCAAGCUCCCUAAUCCCAUGUAUUAUAUUCCUUAGGGAAAGGGUAGUAGCCUAGUUAGUAGGGUACCAUAAAUAUAUGUAAAAAUUCUAUAUAUUAGUCUAAAGAUUUGAAGUAAAUAAUUGUACAUUGGAUAGGAUAUGCAAAUACACAAAGUUUCUGAACUUUGGAACUGCAUUAUAAGGGUGUUUAUAUUACUAGUUGUGUAUAUUGUGUUGUUUGAUA